GUGUUGUGUUUUACCGAUGUGAAGUGAGUUCAGCAGAUGGCAGUAUCUGUCAGACCUCAACAAUGACACUUGCAACAUUGUAACACUGAAACAUACGAACGCUGUUUUGUGCGCGCGGUUACAAUGUAUCGAAGCCGACAGAUGAAACAGAAACACGGACGAGAACUCACCCUGCGAUGGCUCUUGCUUUCUCUCUAACGUCUCUUGAGGAGCUUCACUCGCUCGAUACUCGAACCGACAGCUAAUACUGUACGGUUGUGUGUGUUACACGGGGCUCAUGGCGGAGUUUGUCGCUGAGAACUGCGGGGUCUCAUCGCCGAGUGGUGGCGGGAAACCAACCCAGCCUUGCGAUGAGGAGGACGGCAGAGCUGCGAGCGAGGUGUCGGUCUCCAACGGGGACUGUGGACCGUGUGCACCCGAGAGCCAGGGGCUCGACACGGCCAACGGCAAAACUAGAAUACCACGGAAGACCAGUAUUAUUAAGGAUGGUUCCAGGCGGUGCAAGGAAAGGAAAAAGACGGUGUCGUUCAGUAGCAUGCCAACAGAGAAGAAGAUCAGCAGUGCGAGCGACUGCAUUAAUUCUAUGGUGGACGGGUCUGAACUGAGGAAGGUGCGCUCCAACUCUAGAGUCUACUACCGUUACUUUCUCCUAGACGCCGACAUGCAGUCUCUGCGGUGGGAGCCGUCCAAAAAAGAGUCUGACAAGGCGAAGAUUGACAUAAAAUCAAUUAAAGAGGUGCGAACUGGUAAGAACACAGACACCUUCAGGGCCAAUGGGAUUUCGGAUCAGAUUUCCGAGGACUGCGCAUUCUCCAUCAUCUACGGGGAGAACUACGAAUCGCUUGAUUUAGUGGCAAAUUCAGCCGAUGUAGCAAAUAUAUGGGUGACUGGACUCAGGUACUUAAUAUCGUACGGAAAACACACUCUUAAUAUGAUUCAGAGCUGUCAGGACAACAUGCGUGCGUCCUGGCUGGGUGACCUAUUCGACGAAGCAGACAUCAUCGGGGGAAAAUGCAUUAGUCUUUGUUCAGCCGUACAGCUGAUCAAGAACUUAAGUCCCGGAGUGAAAAAUGUCAAGAUAGAGCUGAAGUUCAAGGAGUUGCACAAAGCGAGGGAUAAAAGCGGUUCUGACGUGACCAAGGAGGAGUUCAUCGAAGUCUUUCACGACCUUUGUACGAGACCAGAAAUAUAUUUUUUGCUAGUGCAGUUCUCAAGCAACAAGGAAUUCCUUGACACCAAGGAUCUGAUGAUCUUUUUAGAGGCAGAGCAAGGCAUGGCGAAGGUGAGCGAAGACAUCAGUGUGGAAGUUAUUCAGAAGUAUGAACCCUCAAAGGAAGGGCAACUUAAGGGAUGGCUCUCCCUGGAUGGAUUUACCAAUUACCUCAUGUCAGGGGAAUGCCACAUCUUUGAUCCUGAGCAGAAAACAGUAUGCCAAGACAUGAACCAACCCCUUUCCCACUAUUACAUAAACUCUUCUCACAAUACAUACCUGAUUGAGGACCAGUUCAAGGGUCCCUCAGACAUUACCGGCUACAUCCGUGCCCUAAAGAUGGGUUGCAGGAGUGUGGAACUUGACGUGUGGGACGGCCCCGAUAACGAACCGCUCAUUUACACGGGCCACACGAUGACCUCACAGAUUGUCUUUCGCAGCGUCAUCGACAUCAUUAACAAGUAUGCUUUCGUGGCGUCGGAGUUUCCUCUGAUCCUGUGCUUGGAGAACCACUGUUCCUUGAAGCAGCAGAAGGUAAUGUUUCAGCACCUGAAGAAAAUACUUGGAGACCGAAUGCACUCGGAUCCUCCUAACCUCGACGACAGCUACCUUCCGUCCCCCUCGGACUUAAAGGGAAAGAUUCUUCUGAAAGGAAAGAAACUGGCGAGCAACUGCACCGGCUCCGAAGGCGAGGUGACGGAUGAGGACGAGGGUGCCGAAAUGUCUCAACGGAUGAACAACGAGGGGAGUGAACAGCGGACGGUUGUUCAACCCAAAAACUUCCAGCUUUCCAAGGAUCUCUCCGAAAUGGUAACCUUAUGCAAGUCUGUUAGUUUUAAGGAUUUUCAGACUGCUUUCCAGAACCAGAAGCACUGGGAGCUCUGCUCAUUCAAUGAGGUCUUUGCCAGUCGUUGUGCUACUGACCACCCUGGUGACUUCGUUAACUACAACAAGAAGUUCCUAGCGAGGGUUUACCCAAGCCCAAUGCGAAUCGAUUCCAGCAACAUGAACCCGCAGGACUUUUGGAAAUGUGGCUGUCAAAUAGUAGCAAUGAACUAUCAAACACCAGGUCUCAUGAUGGACCUCAACAUCGGCUGGUUUAGACAAAAUGGCAACUGUGGUUACGUUCUACGCCCGGCUAUCAUGAGGGAGCAGGUGUCUUAUUUCAGUGCCAAUACUAAAGACUCAGUUCCAGGAGUGUCUCCACAGCUCCUUCACAUAAAGAUCAUUAGCGGACAAAAUUUCCCCAAACCCAAGGGUUCAGGCGCCAAAGGCGAUGUGGUCGAUCCCUACGUUUACGUUGAAAUCCAUGGCAUCCCUGCGGAUUGUGCAGAGCAAAGGACUAAAACGGUCCAUCAGAAUGGCGACAACCCAAUCUUUGAUGAGAGUUUCGAGUUUCAGAUUAACCUUCCGGAACUGGCAAUGGUGCGCUUUGUCGUUCUGGAUGACGACUACAUUGGGGACGAGUUUAUCGGUCAGUACACGAUCCCGUUUGAAUGCAUUCAGCCCGGCUUCCGCCACAUUCCCCUCCAGUCGCUGACGGGUGAAGUCCUUCCACACGCCUGGGUCUUCGUCCACGUGGCCAUUACAAACCGCCGGGGUGGGGGUAAGCCUCACAAAAGGGGGCUUUCAGUCCGCAAGAGUAAGCGGGGUCGGGAAUACGCCAGUAUGAGGAUACUUCUCAUCAAGGCUGUAGAUGAAGUCUUUAAAUCUGCUGCACAGCCACUAAAGGAGGCCACUGAUCUCAGAGAGAACAUGCAGAAUGCCAUCGUGCCGUUUAAAGAGCUGUGCGGUCUCUCCGCCGUGGCCAACCUGAAGCAGUGUAUCCUAGCGCUCUCUCCGCGCCUCAGCGGGCCGGACGCUAACCCGGUCCUGCUGUUUAACCUCAGAGACCAGUACCCCGUCAUGGAGGCGCAGGGCCUGCUGCCCGAAGUCCUGAAGAAGGUGGUCACCGCUUAUGAGAUGAUAAUCCAGACCAACCGAACGCUGCUGGAGAACUCUGACGGCGUGUACGAGCGAAUACUGCAAGUCCAGAAAGCAGCGAUGGAGUUUCAUGAGAAUCUACACGACAUGGCGGUGAAAGAAGGACUGAAGGGAAGAAAACUAAUCAAAUCUGUGGAGAGCUUCACCUGGAACAUCACAAUCCUGAAGGGUCAGGCCGAUCUGUUGAAACACGCCCGGGCGGAAGUGCUUGAGAACCUGAAACAGAUCCACUACGCCGCGCUCACCUGCAACCUGUCCAAAGGAGGAGCGGGACCCUCGUCGGGGUCUCAGUCCAGGGGCCGUCCCAGUCUGGAGGCCAUCCCGGAGAAAGCCAUCGUGGAGGAGGACUUCACAGACCAGGAGAACUGAGGAGAACCGGAGCGUCACAUCCCAUGAGUCCUCUCUCCCCGGCUCAGCGCGCACCGAACACAUUUGGAAAGAUCUCAGGACGGUUCUGAAGGCCUCGUCUACUUCACAUUCCCGCCUCCCGGGAUCAGGUGGGUGUCGAUGAGGCGGGUGUUUCUCAAAGGCCUUCCUACAAGCACAAACGUUAAGAGGAAUCAGAACUGGAGCCGUGAAUGUAACGAGAGGUCGUGUGAGGAAAGAAGAGAGCUGUUUACAAUAAAGAACUACUUUGCGUUCUGUCUGCCAAAAUAGUAUGUGUGUGUAUAUACAGUAUAAAUAUAUAUAAAUAUAUAUAUAUAUAUGGAGAUCUGUUACCUUUUUUGCUAUGUGAACUUUUAAUGGAUCAGAUUAUUUUGUUAAAAGAAAUGGAUGUUUUAAAGAGCUCAUAUUUUAUUUGCUUGUACAGAACAGGAUCUUAUGAGACGGGGCCCGGCCCUUUAUGGGCUUUUUUUUAAUUAUUUGUAUAAAUGCAGGAGGGAUUUGAGGAUGUGUCCAGUUUGAGAUAUUACCAGCAGCUACUGUACAAGUGAA